GUAAGUAUAAUUCAAGUAGUCAUAUUUUUCUAGAUUCAAUGCAAAGCAUAUUGCAAUGUUAUAAUUUCGUUGUUUAUUUAUGUCAGUUUAUUUUAAAUUAAUUAUAUUAUUAAAAUUGAUACAUUAUAACAAAUCUUCGAUAUACAAUAUUUCAUCGACUUAUAAUUAACUAUGACCACAAUGGAUUCUGAUUCUGAGAGUCAAGACAGUGAUGAUGGACGGCGAUUUCGUUUUGAAGCCACUCGUAAAGAUAAUGUACAACUGGAUGCAAAGAUGAAAAAAUUAUCGACUUUAAAAUCACAACAAGAAUCAUGUUAUAAUAACAUAAAGCAUAAAAAUAAAAAAGAUAAAUUUAAACGUAAUUAUAAUAGAGAACAUAAACAUUCAAAAGAAUUGAAUAAUGAUAAUAGAGAUUCUAAAUAUUCUACUAAAUAUUCAAAAAAUGAGAUAAAAAAUUCAAAACGUGAAAAUAAUAAAGAUUAUAAAAAUUUAAAGGAUAUUAGUUUAGAUACUAAAAGUAUUCCAUUAUCUUCGAAACACAAAACAAAAGAGACAAAGAAACACAAAAGUCAAAAUCGAAAUGAAUAUCUAAAUUAUAAAUCUCAAGAACGAUGUCAUAAUAGAAAUGAAAAUGAUAAAUCACAAAAUGGCAAACAUAAAAAUAAAUGUCAUGAAAAAUAUAAUAAACAUCAUACUUGUGAUAGAAAUCGUGAUAAAAGUAAUCAAUCAUGUAAAAUGAGAUCUGAAGAUUGUAAAUUUCGAGAAGAAUUUGAAAAAUAUAAUAUUCAUAAAAAAAUAUCAAUGAAAGAAGAUGAAAAAAAAUUUUUGUCUAAAAAUAUAAAAGAGGAUAAUUGCAAUAAUGAAUCAUUAACAAAGAGAGAAAUAGAAAAAGUGGAAAGUCAAGAAUAUAAUGAAUUAAAUUUAUCUGAAUUUAACAUUUUAUCAGACGAAAAUAUAACUGAUAUUUCAAAUGUAAAAAAUAAAAAUUUAUUAUUACAACUACAUGAUAAGAAUUCCAAGAAAAGGUAUUUUAAUAAUGAACAUAAUGAUUCAUCAAAAAAACACGUAAUAGAAAUGGAAACUAUGGACAAAUUACCAAAGGUAAAUGCAAGGAAGAAUGAUUUAUUUUAUGGUUCCAGUAAUAAUAAUUCUGGUACCGUUUCAGAUAUCUUAUUAAAUACAUCAGCUAUAUUGAUGGAAUCAAGGAAAAACAUAAUUGAUUUAAAUAAUAGGGAAAUAAUAUGUACUUCACUGGAAGAAAAUAACAUGUACAUUACUGAACCAACUUCCUUGCAUCUUAAUAAUUGCAAUUCUGUAAAAAUAACAGAUAUUAAUGAGAAAAUUACAACAUACGGACCGGCUUUACCGCCGCAAUUAAAAACUGAUCUUUCCAAUAAUAUAGAAUCAAAUAAAGAUUUUAUAGGACCUUGUUUACCAAAAAAUGAUGCACAAAAUAUAAAUGAAAAAAUAGAAAAAGAAACAGUAAAUAAUAUCAGUCAAGAUAAUAUAAUGGAAGAAGAUGUUUCAUAUUUGGAUAUUGUUUUUGGUCCAGCAUUACCACCGCAUUUGCUAAAGCAGAAAUAUAAUGAUGAUAUGAAUACAAAAAUAAUAGGUCCUAUUCUUCCAAAUAGUGCAAUGUUAUUUCAUAAUCAUGAAAUAAAUCAAAUAGAAUCUGAAGAUGAAGAUGGUAUAGGCCCAUUGCCUGCUAAUCAUCCAGCAUUAGAAAAUAAUUUUGUAUAUAAACAAUUAGAACAAAGAGCUCAACAAAUUAAAAAUGAACAGAAAGAUGAGGAUUAUAGUAUAUUAAAUCAACGGGAAGAAUGGAUGACUGAGUUACCACCAAGUCAAAUCAAUAAUUUAGGAUUAACAUCACGAAAAUUUCGGAUGAGAGCAGGUCCAGAUAUGUCUGAUAGAUCAUGUUGGACAGAUACUCCUGCAAAAAAAGCUGAAAAACGAAAACGAGAAGAAGAAAAAUUAUAUAAUGAUAGGACAUUAAUUACAGACUUGUCUAUUGAAAAUGAAACUGAUUAUCAGAAAAAUAGAAAAUGCGAAAAAUCACUUUUAGAAAUACAUCAAGAUAAACUCCGAAAGAAAAAAUUGAAAGAAGAAAAAAAAACUGGGCAAACAAUUAGAAGACCAUUUGACAGAGAUAUUGACUUACGAAUUAAUCGAUUUAAUCAGAAUAAAAAGAAUGCUAUUAUUAAUAAAGCACAAAAUCUAAAUGAAAGAUUUUCCCUUGGAAAAUUAUGAUGGGAUCAAAGUAAAUAUAUUUCUUUCUUUUUUUACUUAUUUAAUUAUUAAAAUAUUAUAGAAAGCAAUGAAUUUGAUGCGAUGUAAAUUUAAUAUUUCUUUCAAUGUAAACGAUUUUGCCAAUGAGUGCCUUCAAUACAUAUUUUUAUUUAGCAUAUUUUGAUAUAUAAUCUGGAUUCUUGUUUUUUUUUUUUCUUUUAAUUAAUU